AUGUCAUACGCAUUAGAAGAUUUAGGGAGAGUAUUCCCAAAGAAAUCAGUUUUACUAAAAACAUACAUGUUGGGUUGUUUUUACUUGUUUUAUCAAACAAUAAAGCCUGAAGAAUAAAAGAAGGAGAAAAAAAGAAUUGCAGAAUUAAGACCAAAUAUUUUAAGAAAUCAAAGCCAAUAAUGUCAAUAAUACCAACGAAAUUUAUAUUAAAUGAAUGUUAUAAAGGAUUAAAAGAAAUAAUUAAAAGAAUAGUAAAACACUUCAUAUGGUUUGAUGGAAUUUAGUAUUAUAUUAAAUCAAUGUAGGAACAUCAAUAUUCUCUGCUCAAGAUUUAAAAUAAUUAAAUAAUUCAACUUCUUAAGUGGUAUGAAAAGUUGAAUAUAUAUGUAGCAUGUACUUCAAAUACAUUCAAAAAAAUACUAAAUAUUUUGUUUGGAUGAUUUAUCAACUAUUGAAAGUGAAUUUAUACCUGAUCUUAAAUUUGAUCUUCAGACUCGUUCUCCUGUUGAUAUGACUCAAAGCUGCAUAUUUUGA